UAAUGAAGUCGGUGCACGCAUCGACCGCGCGCGCAUGCCGCAUGUUAGUCGAUCGUCGUGGGCGCAGCGAACUACUCGUCAACUGUCAAAAGUUCAGUGACAUCUAUUUAUUUAUAUACUUUAUCGUGCUCUCAGGACAGGUGUGUUUGUAACAAACAAACAAGUGUUAAUUUUCGGAUUUUUGAUUAAAUUAUGAUAUACUGAGACUUUGAUAAAAAAAAUGAGAACUGAAUUCAAGAUGCAAAGCCCAAUAUUUGGACUAUUCGUUAUAGUGUUUUUGGCAUCUGACGUACUAUCAAAAUCAAGGCGAUUCUCAAAACUACAGACGGAUGCGCUGUCCAAAACGAGGUGUGAUUUGAUGUGCAUUGACGUCACCAAGGAAAAUAGAACACAAUGCCGCUCACAAUGCCGGAUGCAAGAGCAAAAGCCAGGAACGUGCCCCAGUAACGACCUCCCGCAGUGGCAAGCCGCUUGUGUAGAGGCCUGCAACUUGGACUACCAGUGUGACGGGACCCAGCGGUGCUGCCACCACGGAUGUGGCUCUACCUGCAGCGAACCCGUGGACCUACUGACGUUGCCAGGACUCCCAGCAUUACCAGUCAUAGAAGAAGUCAAGGAGAAGCGGAAAUCGAUUCUCAUCAGAUGGUCUGAUGGAGUCGGAGAUCUGGCCCGUGCAGUUCCUGGCAGGAUUAUGUAUCUACUUGAGGAACAACAUCAUCUCGGACCGAAGUACGAGGAGGCAAAGCUUGCAGGAUGGAAUCUGCUAUUAAGAACCAAUAAAACGAAAAUAUCUCUCCGCAACUUGCUUAAGCCAGGCCGCUGGUACCGCUUCAGGGUCGCCGCUAUCAGCUCAGCCGGCAGCAGAGGUUUCUCAUCUCCUAGCGCUCCCUUCACCCCCAGGAAGGGACCCAGAGCGCCUCCACCGCCAAAACGGUUGAGGGUACGCCCGGUGCGAACUGAAAACGAUACAGUAACCGUUCGUCUAGAAUGGAAGGAACCCAACUCGGAUUUGCCAGUGAACAGAUAUAAAGUGUUCUGGAGCCGUCGCGUUCGAGGCGUGACGGGAGAUCUAGACUCAGUUCUAGUGAACCAUCAGACAGUUCCUAGGGACAAAACAUACGUUGAAAUAGAAGAGCUAAAACCUAACUCAAUGUAUUUCUUCCAAGUACAAACGAUCAGUCAAUUUGGCACCGGCAAGCUUCGAAGUGAUAAAGCGGCUGUAUUUUACAACACCACAAGCACCCACGUUGGCAAUCCAAGAACAGAAUGGCGCUCAGACUUGGUAUCGGUUAUCAGUAAACCUCAGCCCUACCAAUCCUAUUUAAAAAAAAAAGCGCGAAUGGAAACCGAUUUUGCGCCACAAUCUCUUAAAAAACAGGAUAAAAGGGUUGUCAAAGGCCUAAAGUUUCACAAGGUUAUUUGGCAAAGCGGAAAAUUGAAGGCUAGAAUAUCCUGGAACCCAAUAUCUACUAGUGAGAUUAGAAGAUAUUUUGUACAGUGGCGAACGGAAAAAUGUCAAAAUCCCCAACACGAACAUAAAAUUCUUUCGGCAACCACCGAGCAAACUACUUUUGAAAUCUACGAAUUGGAUUAUCAUUGCAGUUACAAAGUGAAUGUAAAUAAAUCACGGAAAAGUCUAUCUCCUGACUCAGAAAUCAUCGUUAAUGUUCCUGGGUGUGACUAUUUUCAACGACGAAUGAAUGGCACAAAAAUAGACUGUGAAACUUGAAUGGUACAUUAAGACUAUUUCGCCAAAAUUGUGUAGUAAUAUUUAUUAUGACAGUAUUAGUAUUAAAUAAAACAAUUUAACAUCUUGAGACACGUAUGAAAAGAUAAAAUAUUCCUUGUUUGUUCAAACUGUCUGGACGAUAACUUUCAUAACAUCAGCAUUCAUAUUUUGUUAUAGGCAGCAUAGUUUAACUUGUGUAAUAUUACCGUUUAAAAUGGCUCGUACAUGGAAUCUUAUGUUGAACAGAGUUUAUUUAUACAUAAGGUCUGCCAAUACAUAACUUUACCUAUUUGCCCUUUCCGUCUGUCUUUGGAAUGAUGAUAUUAUUGUGAAAAAACGAAAAAAUCUAAAUGUUCUUAGCUUUUCUCCAGAAAUACAUAAUAUAUGGAUCCAACCAUAAACUAGUUUCUAUAACAAAUAUUGUAUUUUUAAGCACUAUUACCUGGCUAAUUGCCGAGCAUUAGGUGUGUCAAAUAGUAUAUUGAGAUGUUGUGAAUGCAGAGCGACGUGAGACAAACGUUAGAACUGGAAUGUAUACCUACCAAUAUUUCUCAAAGAAAUUAGAUUAAUUAAGCUACCUAUUUAUAUAGUUUUAAUAGUUUAAUUAAAAUAUAAGCUGAAAAA